AAUGUGCCAUUGUUACAGUAGUCCCUCACUGAAGGCUUUGUAUAAACGCGAACAGUGCCCCCCUCUUGCUUUCAGGUAGAUUCCUGGAGCACUCUGUCUACAGCAAACAGCAGAGGCAUCUGUGGUCCACGUAUACCCCAACAUCCACCUACUGUACAUCUCAGUGCGAACAUCUCUCCAACGCAGUGCGGCUUUAAGAGAACCGGGGCUCUUAAAUCUGAGCUUGGCUCCUCCUACCUCCAUGAUGUCAGUCGGAGGGAGAGCGAGAGGGAGAGAGGUGAGCAGCAUUGAGGAACUGAGUUCAUACAAUACUACUGAGACAUCUACAGCUUAGCAGACAGAUACGGUGAACCGCCUAUCCCGGCUCCUGUAAGUGAUGCUGCACUGAGGCACACUUUGAUCCAACUCCACUGGGGGGGCGAUGCGCUCUAUGCAUCCCGCAUUUAAGAGUUUUUUUGGGGGAGAGCGCGUACAGCCUUGAAUCAGUCAAAACAAGUGGUUAUAACAUUAAAAUAGGUUUAAGCUUUCACUUCUUCAUCAGAAGUCUCUCUCUGUUUUUUUCGCCCUCUUGGAUUUAAGUUUGAUGUGCGGUUUAAGAGGCUUUUAACGCACACACGUGCAAGUUUGCUGCCAGCUGGCGAAAAUAGGAAUUUCAAGGCAAAUUAGGCUAGAGAGACAAAGUUUAUGUAAAACAAGCGUGGAUCACUGCGUAUCUCCGCCUGUGGGAUUGUGAGCCCAAUACAUCCGAAGAGGAAUUACAGCGUCCUUUAAGUUGAUCGCUGUGCAUGCCCUUUUUCUCUUGCACGCGAGGACCACAUUUUUUUAGCACAUGGAUAAGUUUUUGUAGUGGAUAACAUUUUUUCUACGCUUCUUACCGAUUUUGAUGAGGAUCCUUUCUGCCCGUUUCCCCCACUUCACAUUAAUUCAUGGCACUUCUUUUUUGUGAAUCAGUGAUGUCUCUGCGCGACGGUACUCACGGUUGAUUUUUUUCAUCGUAUUCGAACGGAAAGAUUUGCUGCAGUGAAAGUGAGGCUCCCAUCUACUCUUGAGUAUGGACUUAGCAAGUCAGGCUCAUGUGCUGGUGGUCUUGCUCACCUGUGUGGUCUUACAAUGCCAGGCCCAGGAGAGGGACUACACAGUGAAGGAGGAGCAACCAGAGAACGUCCGAAUUGGGAAUCUGCGCAAGGACCUGGACCUGAACCUAGACCCCAGCAUCAGGCUAUCCUCGCCGUUGCAGUUCAAGCCUGUGUAUAAAACGGGCGAUGUGCCUUUGGUGAGGGUGGAGGCUAACACAGGGGAGAUCUUUACCACCAAUCACAGAAUUGACCGGGAGAAGCUGUGCUCCGGGGUCUUCAAUGAGAAACGCUGCUAUUACGAGAUUGAGGUGGCAGUGUUGCCGGAUGAGAUCUUCAGAUUGGUCAAGAUCCGCUUCCUGAUUGAGGAUGUGAAUGACAACGCACCCCUUUUCCAGUCCACUGUAAUAAACAUCUCCAUCCCAGAGAACACAGCCAUUAACACACGAUACCCGGUGCCCUCAGCAUUUGACCCUGAUGUUGGGAUCAAUGGGAUCCAACAUUAUGAACUAGUCAAGAGUGUCAGUGAGUUUGGCUUAGACAUCAUUGAGACGCCCGAAGGUGACAAGUGGCCGCAGCUUAUUGUUCAGCAGAACCUGGAUCGUGAACAGAAGGAUACCUUUGUCAUGAAGAUAAAGGUGGAGGAUGGUGGCAACCCUCCCAAAUCCAGCACAGCCAUUCUCCAAGUCACCAUUUCUGACGUCAAUGACAAUCGCCCCAUUUUCAAGGACAGUGAGCUGGAAGUCACAGUACCAGAAAACGCACCAGUGGGAACAUCGGUCGCUCAGCUUCAUGCCACGGAUGCAGACUUGGGUUCCAAUGCGCAGAUCCACUUUGCCUUCAGCAACCAGAUCUCUUCCUCGACCAAACGUCACUUUGCCAUCAACAGUUCUACUGGACUUAUCACUGUGAAGCAGCCACUGGACAGGGAGGUAACUCCUGUUCAUAAACUCAUUGUCCUGGCCAGUGAUGGCAGCUCCACCCCUUCCAGAGCCACAGUGACUGUUAAUGUAACAGACAUUAAUGACAAUGUUCCCUCUAUAGACACUCGCUACAUUAUCAACCUGGUUAAUGGAACUGUUCUGCUGUCUGAGAAUGCACCUCUGAACACCAAAAUAGCCCUAAUUACUGUUACUGACAAGGAUGCAGAUCUUUAUGGCAAAGUAGCUUGCUACACUGACCAUGAUGUUCCUUUUCGAUUGAAGCCUGUCUUUAAUGAUCAGUUUUUACUCGAGACAGCUGCUCCUCUAGAUUAUGAGACGACUCGAGAAUAUGCAAUUAAGAUAGUGGCCUCGGAUAGGGGGACACCUCCUUUGAACACUUCAGCUAUGGUCUUAAUUAAAAUCAAGGAUGAGAACGACAAUGCACCCAUCUUUCCCCAGCCAGAAAUCCAGCUUUCCAUACCGGAGAACAAUGACCCCUCUACACAGUUAAUAAAAAUAAGCGCCACUGACGCAGACAGUGGACAUAAUGCAGAGAUUAUUUAUACUCUCAGCCCUGAUGCGCCUGAUGGGUUUAACAUUGACAGACGGUCAGGAAUUCUCUCUGUUGGCAAACGACUGGACAGAGAGAAGCAGGAGAGGUACUCAUUCACUGUCAUAGCGAGGGACAAUGGCUCUACAUCCCUGCAGAGCAAUGUCACUGUCAAGCUAAUUGUCCAGGACCUUAAUGACAACAGCCCAACUUUCACACACCCUGAGUACAACUUCUAUGUGCCUGAAAACCUGCCUCUCUAUGGAACUGUUGGUUUAAUCACAGUAACGGAUGCAGAUGCAGGAGAUAAUGCUGUUGUAACUUUGUCCAUUUUGAAUGGGAAAGACAAUUUUAUCAUUGACCCCCAAACUGGCGUGAUCAAACCCAAUAUUACCUUUGAUAGGGAACAGCAAAGCUCCUACACAUUUAUGGUAAAGGCAGUUGAUGGAGGACAACCUCCAAGCUCCUCCUAUGCCAAGGUCACUAUCAAUGUAGUUGAUGUGAAUGACAAUCGCCCCGUGUUCGUCAUUCCGUCCUCCAAUUACUCAUAUGACCUAGUGCGAACCACCACCACCCCUGGUGCUGUGGUCACCAGAGUGUUUGCCAUUGACAAUGACACUGGUAUGAAUGCUGAACUGCAAUACAGUCUUAUUAGCAGCAUCAUCAUUACAUCUAGGGUCUCCCCUCGAGGUCUCUUUGCCAUCGACAAAACAACGGGUAACAUAACACUGCAGGAGAAAAUAGUUGCAGCUGAUCAGGGGCUGCACAGGCUGGUAGUCAAAGUCAAAGAUUUAGGCCAGCCGGAGUCAUUACAUGCUAUUGCACUCGUUCACUUGUUUGUAAAUGACUCUGUGUCAAAUGCUACCUUUAUACAAGAGCAACUGCGAAAAAGUAUGGAGACACCAUUGGAUCGCAACAUAGGGGACAGUGAGGUAGCCCCUCAAGCUAACGGAUAUGUGAUUGUCGUCAUAGCUAUCAUAGCAGGGACCAUGACUGUCAUCUUGGUGAUAUUUGUGACCGCUUUAGUGCGCUGCCGACAGACACCCAGACAUAAAGUAGUGCAGAAGGGCAAGCAAAGUGGAGAGUGGGUGUCACCUAACCAAGAAAACCGUCAGAUCAAGAAAAAGAAGAAGAGAAAGAAGCGAUCUCCUAAGAGCCUCCUCCUGAACUUUGUGACCAUAGAUGAAUCCAAGCCUGACGACCCCACGCACGAGCAUGUUAAUGGCACACUGGAUCUCCCUGUGGAGCUAGAGGAGCAAACCAUGGGGAAGUACAACUGGGCAACCACGCCGACCACCUUCAAACCUGACAGCCCCGAUUUAGCCAAGCAUUACAAAUCUGCAUCCCCUCAGCCUACGUUUCAAAUCAAACCCGAAACACCAGUGGCCCCAAAGAAACACCACGUGAUCCAGGAGCUCCCCUUGGACAACACAUUUGUGGUGGGAUGUGACUCACUCUCCAAAUGCUCAUCGACUAGCUCCGACCCAUACAGUGUCUCAGAGUGCAGCUGUCAGGGGGGAUUCAAGACUGCGGGGCAAAGCACCAACCGACAGAACCAGAGCCAGACACCAGAGAAGUCUUUUAACUCACCGCCUCCCAUUUGUCCUCAUAAGGAGGCCUGUCAAUUGGGGAAGAUCACCUCUGUGAAUACCCAGCGCCGUGUGACGUUCCAUCUUCCAGACGGUUCCCAGGAGAGUUGCAGUGACAGCGGGCUUGGAGACCCGGAGCCUAGCAUCACUGCCAGUACCACCCAGCCUCUUCCCCUUAGCUUCCCCCAAGAGGAGUACUAUGAGCAAACAUCACCUAACAGCCGGACCGAGGGAGAUGGAAACUCAGACCCUGAAUCCACCAUCGAGGUAAACCUGCAGAAAGCCUUGGCUGAGGCCUCUGAGACCUGUACCCAGGAGUGUCUAAUACUAGGCCACUCUGACAGCUGCUGGAUGCCCCCAGCCCUGGCCCAGUUCCAGGGUCCUGGCAGCAACAGCCCCAUCUCCACCCCUACCACUACUGCCAUCACUGCUGCCCUCCCCUCUUUUGGUUUCCAGCAGAGCUGUGCCCGGGGAAUAAAAGCUAACAUGGGCAGCAUGGGGGUCAUGGAUGGCCGCCAUACGUUGGGCAGGUCUGUGCCCAAAAAAGAUGAACUGGACAAAGGGAUCAAUCGUCCACAGUUCUACAACACCCUGGAUAGACACUGCAGUAAGAAGGAGGACCCCAUCAAGGUCAUUCCCCUGGCAAGCUUCUCCUCUCCCGGGCAGCAGACUGGUGGGGGGGGCAGCUCUUUCUUACAUGAGAACCAGUUGUAAUAGUAAAACACGGAUCUUCAUUGGCUUAGCAUACACGUGACUCCAUCCAAAGAUGGCCUACAACUAUUAGAUUAGUAUGUAUGCGUAUUUGUGGGGUAUGCAUAAUUGGAAUAACUUGACCAGCUCAAUGACCAGCUCAAGCUCAGUUUCACUAAUUAAGAUAUCCAAGAAUGGAUUGGAGAUUAUGAUGAUGUUAAAAAAAGAAAUCAUGUGAAACCAGUCUGACAAGCGAGGAAGGAGCAAGCAAGUCUUAACAUAGAAGACACAUGUAUAAUAAAUAAAUGGUUAUAUGCCAAAGUAGAUCCAUCACAAAAAAAGGAUAAUCUUGCUUUCUGUUUGGUGAAGUUUGCUUAGCGAUAAAAAAGGCCAGUGUACACCUUCAGCUCCUUGGGUUUAGUUUUGUGUAAGUGCAUUCCAAAAGACAAUUUCCCUGCACAAAAGCAAAAGCAAAUGCAGUACUUUGUGUUAUGUGAGCUAAAUUGGGCUAAAUGCUAAUUACAAACUCUUGAGUGGAUGUUUUUUUUUUGUUUUGUUUUUUCUGUUGAUGUUCUAGUGAAGUAUUGCUUUGUAAAGCACAUGGCACAAACCUUUUUGGUGGAGGAAUAUGUUUCUUUUGUCUUGUCUGGACAUGUUUUAGAAGACUAUUUUGGUCAAGGGGCUUCAGAAGGAUAAAAAAUGUCUACAAAGUAUAACUGGGCCAAUAGUAGACAGUGCUGCAUCUUCGUCUUUUGCAUUCUUUUGCAUUCUACAAUUCUACAUUCUCACCCUGGACCAAUGCAUAAAAAAACCCACAAACACAAAGCCUUGCACAUACACAUACGUUUUUUGUUUUGUUUUUUUUUCAUAUGUGGUGAUUGCUCUAUGCCUGCCAACUCUAUUAAGAAAAUGUUCACACUUAGCAUUGUCGCAGUAGCUUAGCCUUGAAAGGAGCAGACAGAUGCGCUUUGGAAAUGCCGUCUCUGUUUUCUUCCUUUUUGUUUCUAUUUCUCUCAUUUUGCUGCUGAGAAACAUUCAAAUGGUAACAGCUCUGGAGCCAAUUAUGAAAUUCUCAGUCUAAUUACUUUGAUGUGUGAUCUCUGUAGUGACCCUCAUUGUGGUUUGGAGGUUUGGAUUAAAUCUAUUGCUUUUCCUAAAACAUGCUCUGCGUGUGCAGACGAAGUGUAAAGGUGACAAUAACACAGCAAAAGCAGCUUAACACUUCCUUUAUUCCCACUGUAUUUUAACACCUGUGUUCCUGCUAUUAAUUACUACUCUGUUUUCAUUUCACUAAGUUACACUGCAAAGUUUCUAUUAUCAGUUUUUACAAUGUGUUGACACUGGAAUAAUAGACCAGGGAGCAAAAAUUUCUUCAGGGCUUUGAGUCUAGCUGAAUUAUUGAUGUUAAUGUUAUUUUGGCAGUUAUCAUAAGAAUAGGAAUCGGUACUAUUUGAAAGGCCCUCCCUGCAGGCUGUCGCUCACAAGGUUCGAUAAACACACUACAUCACUGCCGGUGUGUGCAAAUUGUACUGAUGAUAAUAACUACUUCAGACUAACUUCCUGCUGUAACAGAUUGGGUGCAGUAUAAUCUAUUGCUACAGCAAUAAGUGACUUUGCUGAUAUCCAUUUUUCUUGCCUGUAACAUCCAAGCCAGGUGUCUACAUCAUCAGGUAUAUGAUUCAUGUGAUUCAUUUUGUAGUACCACCUUGCAAAUUGGGAACAGGCCUAAAUCUAUAAUGCAACACAGUAUUCUCAAGGGAGGGUGCAAGGCAAAUUGUGUUAGUAUGCUAUUAGUUGCCACACCUAUUCUCUCAGAUCAGAGCUCUUAUCCUUAUAAAGGGGAUUUAUCAGAGACUUUGUGAAACGAUCACUUAAAGGAACGGCGUCAAGGACUAAAAAUAAAAAAAGAAGGGGCAAUUCAAUUUCACCUUAGUCAAUUAUGAAAAUGAAUCAAAUUCAAAAGUUAAAUCCUCCUAUAAACAUACACUGAUGGAAAUUGCCCUGUUUGGGAAUCCAGUUUCGACCUAUUUACUAAUACUUUCAUUUUCUUUUCUCUAUCAUUUUCAUUUCAUAUGAUUCCACUGGUGUUGGUGUAGGAGUGCGGGAGGGGGGGCGGGCAUCGCACAAUGAUAUGAACAAUGCAUUUUUAAUCAAAAGGAGCACAUAUCAAAAGGAACAUACAUCAUGAUGUCACUGAAAAUUGGAAUUUUAUCUCUGCCAAAUACAGAUCCAGCACUUCAUAUCUGCCAUCACAACGUCUAAUCCAAAACCUGUCUCAAAAUCAUUAAAAGUCUUUUCAAGUUCUGUCUACAGCUAUGUGAAGGGUAAAAAAAAAAAUCUUAGUAACAUUUUUCCACAAUAAGAAUUAGGUUUUUAAGAAAUGUACCCAUUAAUUAAUUCAAUCAGUAUAGGUAAUGUCAGCUUGUUUCUAAAUAUGGUAAUCUGUACUGUUCUCAUAUCAUGAAAAGAGUGUAUCUAAGAGAACAUGUAUGAGUUAACACACUGUUACACUGUAAUAAAAAUGUGAUUGUUUAAAAUACACUGCCCAGUCACACAUGCAACGUGAGCACAAUACUAACUGUACCCUGUGUUUUGACUUACUCUGCCUACAUAACUCCUAUGUACUGUAAUAUUGCAGCAGAUCCAUUAAAGACUACAUGAAAUACUACUUUUAGAGGGAAUACUAUAGCAACUGCAUGAAUGUACACCAGCAGGAUGUUGCUUUUUGCAAAAAUAUGAUUUUCUUUUAUUAUUGUUGUGUGCCCGCAUUCAUUUUGUUAUAUCUUAUGUCCUCUCACAGGUCAAAGUGGUGUUUUAUUUAUUUUCAGAACAAAGUGCAUACCAUAUGAAUGUCUUGUUUUUUUUUUAAGUAAGUACUCUCUCUUUGUCAAAAAUUUUCAUCCGUUAAAAAACAUCAAAUGGAAAGACUAAAUGUCGACUUUGCAUGAUUCUGCUCUCACUAUUACUUUUGAGUUUUUUAAAUUUCUUACGCCCUAGCAAUAGAUGUAGAGACGACGCUAUACAUAAAGAUGAGGAUUCCUUUUUAUUUUAAGACUAUUUCUAUUCGAAAUGUGUUUCAUGAUUAACAUGUCAAGCUGUGUCAUAAACUGCAUGAACUGUUUGAACUUCCACAAGGCCUUUUGACACUUGACUACGUGGUUCAUGCAUCAGUCAUUAGAAUUGAUGUCAGUAUUGAUGUUUACUGCUUUACACGUUUGUCUGUCUUAUGGAACAAACCAAUGUUACACCAUGUACAUGGUCAAUCCUUGUGACGUGUGCAUACCACUUACGCCUACGUGCACACAAAUCUAUCUAUACAUCUAUACUGUCAGGUAAACCGGAAUUUAAGCUGUACAUAGCAGUACCCCUAAGAACUAGUAAUAAGGGUCACAAACUGGAAAGACACACAUGGUAAAUACUAAAGCCUACUUCAAUACUACAAAUCACUUUGUUCAUAAAAACUGCAAAAGGGAAAAAAGUGAGAACUGAGGAGAUGACAAUCUCAGUUGUAAUGUAAAUUGAUACAUAAUAUCAAUGAGGGUGUGUUUGAAAGUGUUAACAAGUGAUGUUGUAUGUGUGUAAAUGAGAGAGCGUGUAUUUCCUUGCAUGUAUGCGUGGGUGGGUGUGUAUACUGGCAUGUACAUUGCCAGAGUAUUUUAUGUACACUAAUGUAUCUUGUAAAAAACUAUAUCAAAAUACGAUAUAAGACUUAAGUAUAUGCUUGUAAAUUAGUCAUCAGUGAGUCAGGUCAAGUUUGCGUUGAGAGAAGGCUUCAGUGCUUGCCAGCGAAUCUGUAUUUCUUAGUUAAAGCUAUACAGUCUGUGUUGUUAUGCCUUUGUAAGAUAUCCCACAUAAAUCUAUGAAAAAAAUUAACUUACAUGGUGAAAUGAUUUUUCCUGUCAUUGAAUUUUACUUGAGCCAUUAAAUAUUGAGUCCUUGAAGAAUUAAUGGAUCAUGUUUGUCCUUCACUGUUAAUUAUUGUUUGAUAAGGUUUUCUAAGAGCAGUGGUGUAUCAGCGAAGCAACGUGAGAGCAUACUGUCAUCAUAUUCCAAUUAUGACAAAUACAAGCUAAUGAUAGACGAUCGAUCAAAUGGGAAGUGACAUGUCACCUUUUUUUUUCACUUCUGCAAAUUAGCACUUCUGAGGAAAUAAUGUAAAGAGUUCACACCUCAGCAUGCUGUCUGAGAAGCUGAUUCACCUAAAUUUAAACUGCACUGUCAAGGUGUCGCCUAAAAAAGCAAAAUCACCUAAAUUUCAAUGCAACAAGACGUUUUUCCCAUUUUGCUGCCUAAUUCACAGACAAACAGACAGAGAGACUUUGAAACCAGUGGAAACAAUUCCAAUAGUUCAACUGCUGUUGAUCACUUGCAAUUCAGCAGUUCAGACUGUACCAAGUGGUAG